AGAAAAAGGGAAACAGGGAGGUGUUCAUAGUGAACGUAACAUUUUUCGAUUUUCACUUCGAUUCGUAACAUCAACAUUACAAAAACGCAAACCGCCACCCCAGCGUAAACGAUAGUAAACCCUAGUAGUUCAAUAUACCUGGUAGGGAGGAAGUGGAGUGAGUAUUUCUGUUGAACCCCAGCUCAUGAUCGCAGCUGCGCUACGUAAGCGUUAGAAAUGUAAAAUUAUCUACUUUUAUACAAAUAUGAAACUAGCGAAAAUUCGGUCUUGACGACGAUGGUCAGGACUCUAAUGAACGAUUUAAAAGUGGUGGCUCUAUUCAGUAAAACCGAGAAUAAGGGAGGGAGAAGCAUAAAAACGGCGACCGGCAUCAUUCAAUUGCGUUCGUUUUUGUGCCCAUACAUUUUGCGCAGAAUAUUUAUUCACCACCAUCACUUUCGUCGCCCCCGAUUUGAGUCAGGGAAGUGAACCGGGAAAGAGAGAGAUCUUGUAGCAGCAGCAACAACCAGUCAAUAACGUCAAUAACGUCACUGUAUCCAAACUAAAUUGCACCUGCAGCAGGCCGGUGGCCGGCCAAACAAACCUUUGCAAACGAUUUCUAAUCAUCCAAAAAACCCUUAGUUGCCUCCCCCCCCCCACUAUAGCAUUAUAUCGGCUAUCGCAAAGCACAAACACUCUACAUACGCAUCUGACCAUCUCAAAAUCACACUCCAGCACGUACCGGCUCCAGACCGCAAUGAAUGUCUCCUUGUCGCAAAGAUGACUAGACGACAUGGAACAAACGAUUUUUUACACGCCAAGCAUUAGUAUCCGUCAUUAGGGUGGGGGGAGGUGCAACACGUUUCUAAGCAACAAAACCAUCAACCAGUAUACACACAUCCCACGACCCAUUCACACCCCAAAAAUUCAGCAAAUUAUAUAUAUAUACAUAUAUGAACAUAUAUUUAAAGGAUGACGAAAAUAUAGAAAAAUAGAAACGAAACUGAUAAAAAAUAUUUGGCACACUGCGUGAAGCUGUUUGUUUGAUUUUCGGUUACGCGUUUUUUCUUCUCCGAGCGAUCGUGGUACCCGCGAGCGCUCGUUGCAUACAUUCAGGAGUUUAUUCGAAUCGAACGAAGCUGCGCGCUGCACUCGUUAUUCUGCGUUGAGCGUUUAGUGGUUUUAAUACCGAGUGCAUGAUCGUUUGAAGAGAACAUA